UUCUAGCGGCAGCUCAUCAGGCGCGUUUGCCGCUGCUUGUUCCUCAGGGUGGGAGUUCCUGGUGUGUCUGGUGCGGCCGGCGUCACCAGGCGACCUGCGGGUCCCGCAAGAUCUGAAGGAGGAUGCCGGGACAGCUCGGACGCCAGGAAACGGAACUGUUGACAUUCAGUGAUGUGGCCAUAGACUUCUCUCCAGAAGAGUGGGAAUACCUGGACACUGCUCAGCGGAAUUUGUACAGGGAUGUGAUGUUGGAGACUUACAGAAACCUGGUCUCUGUCGAACUUGCUGUCUCUAAGCUGCAUGUGGUCACCUUUUUGAAACAAAUGAAAGAGUCCUGGAAUGUGAAGAGAGAGGACACAGUAGCCAAACAGCCAGUCCAUGUGUCUCCUUACAUUUUAGAGUGGGUCUUUUAUAGAAAUCAUAAAGGACUACUUAUUAAAGGAAAUAAUAACCAGUCUUCUGAAAGCCCCAGAGAGACUAAUUCUGAAGACCAGAAAUUUGAAAUUAAAGAGAAUAUUUCUAAAUCUGACCAAGUUCAUGAGUCCUUCAUUAAAACUUUAUUGUCCUUCCACAAACCAGUAAUACCAUUACAUACCAAAACCAACAACUGUGAUCAGUAUGGUAAAGUAUGUACGCAGUCAUCAUUGCUUAAUCAAUCUCAGGGAAUAGAUAAUUCGGAAAAACAGUACACGUCUAGUAAAAGUUUGAUGUCCUUUAUCCAGAACUCAACUCUAAAUAAUUACCAGGGUAUUCAUAUUGACAAGAGAACAUAUCAAUGCAAGAAACCUGAAAAAACUUUGAACCAAGUCACAUUCUCUAGUAAAUGUAAGAAAGCUCAAUAUCCAGAGAUCCAGUACAAAUCUAAGAAAUAUAAGGAAGUCUGUCACCAACGUUUCAAGCUUAUUAGCCAUGAGGAUACCCAUAUUCAAGACUAUUCCUACAAAUGUAAUGAACGUGUAGAAGCUUUUGCCCAGUCGGGAAAGCAUUCUCAAAAGCAGGGAAUUCGUUUUGGAGAAACUUCAUACAGGCAUUAUAAAGGUGUGAAAGUCUUCAGUCAGUCGUCCAACGUAAGAACAUGUGACACAAUUGAUACUGAAGAAAACCUCUACAAACCUGAAGAAUGUGGCAAAACCAUUAACCAGAGUUCACAGCUUAAAUAUGAGAAAAUUUGUACUGAGGAAAAAUCUUACAAAUGUGAAGAAUGUGGCAAAGCCUUUACUCAGUUUUCAUUUCUUCAAGAACACCAAAUAAUCCAUGCUAGAGAACAGGCCUAUAAAUUGGAAGAAUGUGGCAAACCUUAUACCCACUCUGCAAGCCCUGGGAUACAUCCGGUGGUUCAUACGGAAGAAAAACCCCACAAAUGUAAAAAUUGUGGUAAGUCCUUCGACUAUCUUUCACGCCUUACUAGACAUGAGACAGUUCAUACUGGAGAGAAACCUUACAAAUGUAAAGGAUGUGGCAAAGCCUUUACUAGGUUUUCAACUCUUAGACUGCAUCAGAAAAUUCAUACUGGAGAAAAACCUUACAAAUGUGAAGAAUGUGGCUUAUUCUUUACCUGGUUGGAAAGCCUUAGAUUGCAUCAGGUAGUUCAUACUGGAGAAAAACCCUACAAAUGUGAAGAGUGUGGCAAAGCUUUUAUCGUUCCAGCAAGCCUUAGAAAACAUCAGGUAAUUCAUACUGGAGAGAAACCCUACAAAUGUAAAGAAUGUGAUAAAUCCUUUACACAGAGUUCACAACUUACUGAACAUCAGAGAAUUCAUACUGGAGAAAAACCCUACAAAUGUAAAGAAUGUGGCAAAGCCUUUAUGUGGGUGGGAAGCUUUAGAUUUCAUCAGGCAGUUCAUACUGGAGCCAAGCCCUACAAAUGCAAAGAAUGCGGCAAAGCGUUUACUCAGCUUUCACAUCUUAGGCAACAUCAGAUGAUUCACAGUGGAGAGAAACCCUACAAAUGUAAUGAAUGUGGUAAAUCCUUUAGACAUCGGUCAUACUUUACUCAACAUCAGAGAAUUCAUACCGGAGAGAAACCCUACACAUGUGAAGAAUGUGGAAAAGCCUUUCCUCAGCUUUCACAACUUAGACGACAUCAGUUAAUUCAUACUGGUGAAAAAGCACACAAAUGUGAAGAAUGUGCUAAAUCCUUUACCCAUAGUUCACAACUUACUGAACAUCAGAGAAUUCAUACUGGAGAAAAACCCUACAAAUGUAAAGAAUGUGGUAAAUCCUUUAGACAUCGUUCAUACUUUACUCAACAUCAGAGAAUUCAUACCGGAGAGAAGCCCUACAAAUGCAAAGAAUGUGGCAAAGUGUCUGCUCGGCUUUCAAGUCUCAGGCGACAUGAGAGAAUUCACAAUGUAGAGAAACCCUACAAAUGUAAUGAAUCUGGUAAAUCCUUUACUCGUAGUUCACUACUUAUUCAACAUUAGAGAAUUCAUGCUAGAGAAAAACCCUACGAAUGUGAAGAAUGUGGCAAAGCCUUUACGCGUAAAUCACAACUUACUCAACAUCAGAGAAUUCAUACCACGGAAACUAUAGAUAUAAUACAUGUGAAAAGGAUUUUAUAAUAAAUACACAACUUGGAAGUUAUCAGAGUGUCCAUAGGGAAAGAAAUUUUACAGGUGCAAUAAAUGUGUAGAAGUAUUUAAACUUACAUCUAACUACCUCAGUGGAUUCACACAGGUAAAAACUAAAGCACACUUUCAGAUUUUACACUAACUCAGAGUAUUGUAGAGAAUGUAAAGUUGAAGCAGUUACAUAAUUUAUCUGCUCAUGUUGUUCAAAAGAACAAGAACACUCAUGUUUGGACAGGUAUAGUUAUAAUUAAUGGAUAAUUUGUAUUGACAGUAUUGGAAAUUUUUCAAAGGUAAAUAUUGAUGUAGUUCAAUUUUCAAAUCAGUUUAUGUUAUCCUUUCAUUCCUAAUGUCUAUAUAAAAUAUGUAUUCUGUUGUUUCUACAUCAGAGCUGAGAGAGGCUAUUCAAUAUUAGGACAAUUUGAUUAAUACCAAUUUUCCAUAAAUGUUUAAUGACAAAUGUAAAGCACAUUAAGAAAAUCUAAAGAGGUUUUUUUUGUGUUUGAAUUAUAAAACAAUAAUACAUGUAAAUACAAACUAUCUAAUCAGGUUUUUCAUUCUGUAUUAAAGAAACUUUCUAAAUUUUCAAAAUAUAUUUCCAGUUGCUCCUUAAGUAUAACUGUAACAUCACUAUAUUAGAACAAAAAUAAUGUUUCUUGUGUGCUUGUGACCAAGGAGCAUUUAGUGAGUUUUAAAAUGCUUUAGGCUAUGUUUUAAUUAAUUUGUUUUGAUUAAUAAUAUUCAAUUGUUCUUAAUGAUUUUACACUGAUGUGCAAUGAAUAAAAUACUGUUCUGCAACAAAUGUUAAACUAUCUUGUCUACAAUUGUAGUUAACAAAUGAAAAUAAUGUGCUAUUUGGGCAACACAAUGGAAUAACUUUUAUUAAUCCCUAUAUUCUGAGGAACAAAACUUUCAGUAAUUUCAGAAUGUUUUCAUAGUUACUAUAGUGUCCUCCUUUUUUUGUAGUUUUGGGGUUGUUGAUAUGCUUACAAUAAAGAUUAUAUGGGAGUAUAGGCAGGGCACGUUUGUUCACGGUUGUAAUCCUAGCACUGUGGGAGGCUGAGGCGGGUGGAUCGCUCGGGGUCAGGAGUUCAUAACCAGUCUGCAG